AUGUCUCAAGAGUCUAAAGAGCAAAAGUUUCACGAUUAUAUCUUAAACUUACCUCAAGAGAAAAAAGAUGCAAUUAAAGGUAAACCUUUAGAGGUGAUUAAGGUAAUUGAUGAAUAUCCUGAAAGAUUUAUGGAUAUUGGUAGGGAAAAGGGAAAUUUGAUAAUCAAUCAUAUUAGGGCACAGAAACCUAAGAGAUUUAUAGAAUUAGGUGGAUAUUUAGGCUAUUCGGCUGUUCUUUUCGCAAAUGAACUAAUUGAGGACCCUGAAGCAAAGUAUUUCAGUUUUGAAGAAAAUCCCGAAUUUGCUAAAAUUGCUACUGAUGUGAUUAAUCUUGCAGGAUUAUCAAAGAAAAUUGAGAUUAUAGUUGGUAAAGCUGCUUUUAAUUUAGUUGCUUUUCAAGAAAGAUUGAAACAACAUGGUGAAUACAAGUCUGUUGAUUUUGUAUUCAUUGAUCAUUGGAAAGAUCUCUACGUACCAGACUUGAGAGAAAUGGAGACUUUGAACUUAAUCGCCCCAGGCACAAUGAUUGCAGCCGAUAAUAUAAUUAAACCAGGAGCUCCAGAGUACGCAAGGUACGUAAGAUUAUCUCCUGCAGAAAAGAAGGAGUAUAACAAAAUCACGUCAAAUCCAAAUGGUGAACAGUUUCCUGGAAGAUGGAAUAUUGUAUACGAGACCGAAACCGUGAAAGUGAAAUUUUCUGGUGGACAUGAAGAUGCCGUUGAGUUUACAAAGUGUAUCGAUUACCUCUCUGCUUGA